AUGGCUGAGUCAGAGAAUUACAUGAAGAUGUUAUUGGAAUCUACACGUCGUCAGGAGCAGCUUCUUAGUCGUAUAGUAGAGUUAUUCUCUACUACUAAUGCUAAAUUGGACAUUUUAUCCACCAAAGUGGAGGUCUUACAGAAGGCUACUGUUGAUGCUAUUGAUGGGAGCCUAGGCAACUACCUACUACCUUCCUCUAAAAGAUCAUCCUCUAGUACAACGGGUGGUAGUCGUACUACUUCAACAACUGAUGCCCGCGGAUCUCGAGGACAGAUUAUAAUGCCUCCUGGGAUGGGUGUUGGAAGCCAUAGACAACAACAGCAACAACAGCCGCCGCCGCCACCACCACAUACUAUGGAUGAUGAGGAACGUCGACGACGGGAAGCAGAGUUAGAUAGGUUAAGGCAAGAGGAAGAUAGGAAGAAGAUGGAAGAACAGAAGAAGAUUGACGAGGAAAGGCUUCGUAGAGAGGAGGAGGAACGAAGCCGUAGAGAGGCUCUUGCUAAGCGGACACAAGGCCUUAUGAGUGGUCUUACAACAGCAACAACAUUACCACAAGGGGACACCACAGCAGUCACUACCACCUCAACAACUGGAGGGCUCUUCGGGUAUGAUGAUGAUGAUGUUGUUGACCUAACACCAAGGAGGACUAGUAGAGGUGGGAAACAACAACAACAACAUCGUAGACCAUUGGCUAGCGGUUUGUUCGAUGAUUAA